CCUUUUAAUCUUCAAACUAUAAUCACCUUCCCACCUUUCAUACAACCCUUUUCAAAGCUUUCUACUUCUAUCUCCCGUUUUAAAACAACAAGAGUACAACAACAACUCGUCGACCUCAAACCAAAUCCAACAAUAAUACGUGCUUUACAAAGACUUUAACAUCAUAUCGCAUAAUCAAGUCUCAAGAAAUUAACCAUCAAAAUGCAUAUCUCAGGCAUCAUGAAGCUCUCCCUCCUCACUUUUGCUACUCUAAGCUUUGCUGCACCAACUCCGAUUACUACUCCAAUGGGCGCAGCGGUUGAGCACGCUCGUGCUGCUCAAGAUGUUCCAAUCAAUCUUGUUGAGCUUAGCAACAAGCGUGAUGGUCCUAUCGAUCUUAUUCAACUUCCUGAGAAGCGCGAUGGUCCCAUUGAUUUGAUUCAACUUCCAAAGCGCGAGAGCCCAACUAACCUUGUUCAACUCACCGAGAAGCGUCAAGAGUCUCCAAUUAACUUGAUUCAACUUCAUGGAAAGCGUCAGGAUGCGCCAAUUGAUCUUUCCAAGCUCCCUGAAAAGCGACAAGACUCACCAAUCAAUCUUGUCGAACCGAGUAACCGCGAAACCACCAAGUAUAGGUCCAUCCGCUCUCGCAACGCCCAAGAUGCUCCCAUCAAACUUAUCCAACUUCCUGAGAAGCGUCAGGAUUCCCCCAUCAACCUUGUUGAACUCAGCAACCGCGCCGAAACUGAGCUCCUAGCAGCACGACAAAAUGACUGCGGUUCUUCACCUUACCAAAACCAAGAAUGCAACGCUGGCACAGGCUUGAGCAUUCCAGCAUUUGCUGUAAUCACUAUGGCUUUAUGCGCUAUUAUGGUUGUUUGAUAGGGCUUGAAGUAUUGGGGCUAGGAGGAUCUUUAUGGUAUUUUGCAGGGCGUGUUAUGGAUGGAAGGAUCUGAGGAUAUUUUCACAUUUUGCUCAUGGGCCUCACUUUGAAGGACUCAUUAUUGCUCUGGCGUUGCACUUUUACACAUGUUUUUCGGCGUAGGUAUGAAAUUAGGGUGGCUCUUUUCAUUUCAUGGUGACUGGUUCACCAAGUGGAUUCUCAUACAAUAGUUAGCUAGCUAAAACCCAAUCUUAAGGUCGAGUGUCUUCCUAUUCUGCCAGACCCUCGACAUCUAGAUGGCUAAUACCUAGGUAUACUUUUGCACAACCAAUGAGUAAAUAAAUGAUUUUUUACAAUUUUAGAUCUAAAAGUUUGAUGAGUGCACUAAGGUACUGCCUUCGAUAUUCGAUGUCAAGACAAAACAU